UCAAUGAUGACAUUUGCGGUAUUAUCGGAAGCUGAUUGGAUUUCCAAGUUUUUCACUGGCUGAUUUCCGUUCAAAAUCAAUGCUAAGUAAUAGCAGUAAAGAGUGACUGCCAUGGAUUUCGAUAGUCCAGACGUGGAGAGGGACUUUCCGGGACUUUAUGCAUCUGAAUCAGGCACCUCUAAAAAGAAGGACGAAAGUGAUUUCAGCGAGGGAGAUCACGAGAAAGUCAGUAAGAAAGAACUUCUGAUUGGCCGACGGAAAGAUAAAAAGGAUAAAAAAGACCGCGGAUAUGCUGCGUUGGAAGGUGAAAGUUCUCCAGAGGAAGACACCGAAACAAAGAGUCCAUCUAAAUCUACCAAAAAAGUUAAGGCAUUCAAGUUUUCUUCAUCAAAAAAUAAGGAGAAACGCGAAAAAUCCCGUGAGAAGGAUAAAAUUGAUAAGGAAGUAAAAGAAAAGGAUAAAGAAAUUGUUGAAGUAAAAGAUAAGGAUAAAAAGAAAGAAAAGGAUAAGAAAGACAAGGAAAAAGAGAAAGAAAUGGUGGAAGUUAAAGAAAAGGAUAAAAAGAAAGAUAAAGAUAAAAAGGAAAAAGAUAAAAAAGAGAAAACGAAAGAUAAAGAUAAAAAGGAUAAGAAAUCCAAACAAGCAAGUAUUUGUGAAGAAGUUCUAGAACUUGGCGAUGUACAACCUGUAUUUGGGGUGUCAGUAAGUCUAGCAACUGAACGUAGUCGGUGUCAUGAUGGUGUAGAUCUACCUCUAGUAGUUCGCGAUUGCAUUGACUAUCUACAAGAACACGCGCUACACAGUGAUCAACUCUAUAAGGUAGAACCUGUUAAAACUCGCCUGCAACACUUUAAACGACUUUACAACAAUCGAGAAUCUACAGGAACUGACGAUAUGGAUAUCCCUACAGCUUGUGGCUUGCUUAAAUUAUUUUUAAGAGAAUUACCAGAACCGGUACUAACGACAGAUUUGUGUGCUCGUUUUGAAGAAGCUGCUUCGCAAACUGAUGUUACACAACAAGAGCAAGACUUACGUACUCUCUUGGAACAGCUACCUAGUUGUAAUGUCACAUUACUUGGUUGGGUGUUGUUGCACUUUGAUAGCGUUAUCCAAAAUGAAAAAACCAAUAAAAUGAAUGCGCAAAGUUUAGCUAUGUUGCUGAGUCCAACUUUACAAAUGUCUCAUCGUUUGUUAGUGACGUUAUUGUUAUAUGGAUCAAGCCUUUUUCCUAGCAUCAAGUUAAUCAAAUAUGUGCCACCGAUCACUUCAAUGAGCCCGAAACUACCUGAAACGCGGGAAGAAAUUCAAAUAGAAUUGGCCAAGCAAGAGAGCCUCCUAGCGCAGAUUCAUGCCGAAAUGAAUGCAGGGUUCGCCUCAAAAAAGCGUGAGGAACAACUAUGGGAAGUCCAACGAAUCAUUACACAACUGAAACGCAAACUGCGAACGUUCGAAAGAAAACAGGAUUCGACCCAAAAAAGCAUGGAAGACACUAUAGACGGCGAAGCUUGCACCGACUCACAUAUUCCACCGAAAGCCAAAUCAUCGUGUUCCGAUGAUGAAUCCAUUAAAACCGUGACAAUCCUUUCCACAGAAUCGGCAACAAAUACAGAAACAAAAAGUACUCCACAGGAUAUCUACCCGGACGUACCGUCGACUGUAUGUGAAGAAAAUCCUAGUGAAAUAUCAGAAAACAUAUCACCUUCUCUAGAUGAUACAAGUGCGACGAGUACAUCAAAGAAUCCUGAAAAGUUUUAUAUAAGUGAAUCAGGUUUGCUCAUGUUACCCGAAUCUCACCCGGAACGCUUGACCCUCAUCCGACUACAACUGGAAAACCAAGAGCUUACGAAUUGGAAAUGUCAACUUCAGGCUCGAAUUAAUGCAGAACGAGCGGAUCUGUUGCGCCUUAAAAAGUUGACUCAAGCUACUGAAAAUGAGGAACCUCCUCCGCCAACCAUACCCCCACCUCCUCCACCUUCAGCUGGUGUAGGAGCAGGUGGGGCAGAUGAGAGCGACUAUGAACGAAUCAUUGAACAUUAUGUCCGCGAAAAUACACUCCUCGAACAGAAACGUGAUAUGCUGGCGAAAGAAAUUUUCGAAGAAAAUCAGGAAUUGAUACAAAUGAAAGUGGAAUUAGCGUUACGACAAUAUAAGAUCUAAACGGGAAACAAGACGGGAGAGAAAUUGCAAAUAUAUAACGAAUCUUAGUGAUUAGAUCCAUUCCAAAUUGAAAGAGGAAAAUUUACCCUAUUGAUAAAAACAAACUAAAUUAUUGAUGUCUUGAGAUAUUUUAAAAAUGUUAAAUGAAUGCUUGUGAAUAUUGUGACGUACUGGAAGGUAGACAACUUGGCUUAACCAAAUCGAAUUGGAAUGCUUGAGCUCGAUGCAUUUUCGAUUUGCACGCGAUGCAUGUAUGUUAAGUUUUUUGACCUGAACUGAGUCUCGUUGAAAUUGUGAUGAAUACUUUCACUAAACUUUAGAAAUUUUAGUUAUUCUUGGACUCUAUAUCAAAUAAUUUAUCGAAUUUACAUUAUAAACUCCACAUUUUAUUACGAA